UUUUUUAUUCCCAUUAUUUGAGAGUAAGCACCUGUAAAUUAAACUAGUCUAGAGACUCUAGACGUGGUUUUAUAUAGGACACAAAGCUAAAUUAGCUAAUCAACGAUUAACCCAUCCCCCAUUUUUUAUUGCUAUUUUUAUUAUAUUUUUAAAAAUUAAAAAUCAAUCAAAUUUUUUUUUCAAAGAGUUGAUAAAAUUAUGAAACAAAAUUGGAGAUACUUUCUCCCUAAUCAAAAAAAUCCUUAUUAAACAACGGAAUCCCAUAUUCUCCCUAUUCUCUUUCUCACUCAUUACUCAUUUAUUACUCUCUCUCCACCCGCCUUCUUCUCCUCACUUCUUCUUCACCCCUUUUUUUUUUUUUUUCUCAUUCCACUUUUCAUGAUCAUGGACUCCCAAGUCCUUUCCCCUUCUCCUAAACCUUCCAAAAUCACUCGGCUGAACGCCUUCGUGGCGCGCAGCCGAGUCGGUAAGCGAUUUAAGCUUACCGAACGUCGUACCACUUUCACUACCGAGCUUCGUGCCGGUACCGCCACGUUCCUUACGAUGGCUUAUAUAUUAGCCGUAAACGCCUCCAUUUUAGCUGACUCAGGCGGGACGUGUUCGGUUUCUGAUUGUAUACCACUAUGUUCCGACCCUACUCUAUCCGUCUCUAAUUGUUCGGGUCCUACUCGACGUGUCAUCAUACCGGAUGACACGUGCAAGUUUGACCCGGUGAACCCGGGGUACGACGCUUGCUUGGCGAGGAUCAGGAAAGACCUAAUUGUCGCCACAGUAGCGUCGUCCCUUAUCGGGUGUUUUGUAAUGGGCAUUUUUGCCAAUUUACCACUUGCGUUGGCCCCCGGGAUGGGGACCAAUGCGUAUUUUACCUACACUGUGGUAGGCUUCCACGGGUCUGGGAACAUCCCUUACAAAACUGCCCUCACGGCAGUUUUCGUAGAGGGAUUAAUAUUUUUAGCGAUAUCCGCGGUUGGUUUGCGAGCGCGGUUUGCUAAAUUAGUUCCGAAACCGGUUCGAAUCUCGUCUUCAGCCGGUAUCGGCUUAUUCUUAGCCUUCAUCGGACUACAAAACAGCCAAGGAAUUGGGUUAAUCAGUUACAGCGGAUCAACUCUGUUAACACUAGGUGGUUGUCCAGCUUCAUCACGAAUUUCAGUUGCUCCGGUGAUAAAUUCAUUAAAUGGCACCGUUGUACUUCCCGGCGGCAGCAUCUCCGACGACAUUUACUGCCUGAAUCAUCGUAUGGAGAGCCCCACAUUAUGGUUGGGUAUAAUUGGGUUUGUUAUAAUUGCAUAUUGUUGGGUUAAAAAAAUUAAAGGGGCAAUGAUUUACGGUAUUGUUUUUGUCACAGCCGUUUCGUGGUUUCGAAACACGAGCGUCACUGCGUUUCCUCACACGGAAGCCGGUAACGCCGCGUUCGAGUACUUUAAGAAGGUAGUUGACAUCCACACAAUUAAAAAUACGGCCGGUGCGCUUAGUUUAAGUGGAAUUACCAAAGGGCCCUUUUGGGUAGCACUAAUUACUUUCUUAUACGUCGAUAUUUUGGAUACCACGGCAACUCUAUAUUCAAUGGCACGUUUCGCAGGUUUCGUGGACGAAAACGGGGAGUUUGAAGGACAAUAUUUUGCGUUUAUGAGUGACGCUGUUUCAAUUGUUGUGGGGUCACUCUUAGGUACGUCUCCCGUGACGACUUUUAUCGAGUCGUCUACAGGGAUACGUGAAGGCGGGAGGACCGGUUUAACGGCGUUAACAGCAGGAAGUUAUUUCUUCCUAGCACUGUUUAUAACGCCGUUAUUAGCGUCUAUUCCUGCUUGGGCGGUCGGACCGCCGUUGAUCUUGGUGGGUGUAUUGAUGAUGAAAUCGGUGGUUGAUAUUAAUUGGGAUGAUAUGAGGGAAGCAAUUCCAGCUUUUGUAACAUUAAUUUUGACCCCUUUUACAUAUUCUAUAGCAUAUGGUUUAAUUGGAGGAAUUGGGACUUAUAUUGUGCUACAUCUUUGGGAUUGGAGUGUGAUGCUUCUAAGCAAAUUUGGAAUUGUUGAGGGACCAAAGUGCAAAAAUGGUGGUGAAAAUGGAAAUGAUGGAGUUGCAAUUAAUGGUGUUAAUAACAAUAUUAAUAAUCAUGGUGGUAGUGGUAAUAUUGUAGAUGGAAGUAUUAAAGAGCUUGAGGUAUAGUACUUGGUUACUAAACAUAGUAAUUUUUUUCCUAGGAUGUAAAUAAUUUAUUUUUUUUCUUUUUUGUAAUUUUCCUUUGGUGAUUAAAUGUUUUUGAAGAGAAGGGGUAGAGGAAUUAUGGGGGAUUGAUUAUGAUUUAAUUAGAUUCAAAGAUGUACAUAUUUUUAGUUAUAAUUAUAAAGCUAAUAUAAGAUACAAAACCUUUUUAAUGGUAUA